UCCCCCACGUGACCCGUGCUGGCCAAUGGGCGGGCGGGGCGGUGGGGAUCCGGCUGGAACCGGUUGGGCCGCGUCCGGCUCUAUAUAAAACUUUAUAAACACCCGAUUCAAAUUAGUGGGGUCGGGAGAGAGACCAGGGAACCUACCGCCAACGCUCGCCAUUCCGUCCGAUCUAGGCGAGACUCCCCUGCCCACACCGCCCGGCCCGGACCUAGCGAGACCCUCUCACUCCGCCCAGCCGCGUUCCUCACGCACCGCCCGGAGACAUGCCCAAGAGAAAGGCUGAAGGAGAUUCUAAGGGCGAUAAGGCCAAAGUUAAGGAUGAGCCACAGCGGAGAUCAGCAAGGUUAUCUGCUAAACCUGCUCCUCCGAAGCCAGAGCCUAAACCUAAAAAGGUAGCUCCAAAGAAGGGUGAAAAAUUACCUAAGGGAAAGAAGGGGAAAGCUGAUGCUGGCAAGGAUGGAAACAACCCUGCAGAAAAUGGAGAUGCCAAAACAGACCAGGCACAGAAAGCUGAAGGUGCUGGUGAUGCCAAGUGAAAUGUGUGAAUUUUUUGAUAACUGUGUACUUCUGGUGACUGUACAGUUUGAAAUACUAUUUUUUAUCAAGUUUUAUAACAAUGCAGAAUUUUGUUUUACUUUUUUUUAAGCUAUGUUGUUAGCACACAGAAUGCUUCGUUGUUGUGUUUUUUGGGGAGCAACGGGCAAAAAUGUCACUCUAUUUCUCAGAACCCAUUUUAAACAAAACAAAAAAAAAAAAGUCCCCUUGGUUUUUUUUUGUUUUGGUUUUGGUUUGGUUUUUUUUGUUGGUUUGGGUGUUGUUUUUUUUUUUUUUGUUUGUUUUUAGGAGAAGGUUCUUCCUGGACAUGAAAGGAGGGAUUCCCUGAUGCUGCAUAUGAGUUUAGCUUUGUGAAAUGCAUUGGAGUGAACAUUGAAGGUCCCAACAUGCCUGCUUGCCAAUUUUAAAACUGCAGUUUUUUAAUGCCGUCUGUUUUCUCAUUCCCUUAGUCAUUUGCAUAUAGCUUAUCACUCCUUCAAAUAUGGCAAAAGGCAUUUUGGGACUUAUCACCCCAAAUUGUGAUGCAUUGUCACUGUCAGGCAAUCCAAACUUUCAGUGUCCAAAUUGGGAUGUGCAGGCUCUAAAAGAAGCUACAUUUCCUCUCUUAUAUUGUGGAUCUUCAAAUUAAAAACUCUGCAGUUUUAAUUUUUUUUUUCCUCUAAAAGUCAGGGUAGGCUUGUGAAAAGUUGUUAAACAACAUGCUAAAUGUGAAAGUGUCCACCCUCACUCUAAACUUUUCCUUGUCCAAGUAUGAAAUGAAGAUUCUUCAUUGGUUUUAUAUAGUAACUUUUACGUUUUGAUAGUCCAGGGAGGGAGGGGAGUUUGAAGUUGUUGUAAAAUGUUGCAGAUUGUAGCCCAUGUCCUGCCUGAAUUACCAUGAUUGUUUAUGAAAAGUACCUUUAAUAAAGCUGGAUACGGUUUGACUCGGA